AUGGUAUCUACACUGUAUAUCGGCGAGUUGGUUCGACUUCUUAUUGUGAAGGCCACUUCCAAAAAAUUGCUUUUCAAUGGUGAACUACCUGAAAAACUGUCUAACAUUCAAAGUUUCAGUUCCCAGCUAGUAUUUGAUAUCGACAAAGAUCCACCGAAUAUUUACUUGUCCACAGAAGUGAUCCUUCAAGAACGCUUCAAGGUCACCCGCAUUAAGCGCUCCGAUGCCGUCGGCGUACGAUAUAUCUGCCGAGCAGUGGUCACUCGAGCGGGAAAUCUUCUCGGAGCCGCCUGUGCCUGUUUCAUCAAUCGUCUUGGUCAAACGAGAACCACGAUAGCCGUGGAUGGUGCCUUCUUCCGCUUCAGUUCAACAUUCCCAGUUAUCCUGGUUGAGACGAUAACUCGGCUGAUUCCCUACUCAUACACCUUCAAGCUGAAGCUUAUUGACGACGGAAUAGGGAAAGGAGCCGCGGCGAUAAUCGCAGCACAUAAACUGCUGACUCCGGUUCAGCCGCGCUUUACCAUCUUCAUGUGAAUACGCUGACGAUGGGUGCAGUCGACACCCGGAAUCCACUAAGCGAAGUAAAGAUCUGUAGUGCUUUAUUUUUGUCUCUCAUUUUUAAUAAUCAACUGAUCUUAGU